UAAAUGCUAUGCUUGUAAGUUUUUAAGAAAUUAAUACAGCAACCCUGAUAAACAAAUUGUAUAUUAAAGGCUUGCGAUCAUGACAUGAAUAUCCGGAUGCUAGAUAUGCUGGUUCUACACAUGAUUCUUUCGUGUGGAACAAUAGUUCAUUAAAGACUUAUUUGGAGAAUGUGCAUCAAAGUGGCGAUCAUAACUCUAUUUAUUUAGGUGAUUCCGGAUACCCGCUUAGCCCUUAUUUACUAACACUGUUACUGUUUAAACCUUAAGAAUUAAUUGUUGCUCUAUUACAAUCCUACUAUAAGAAAUCCCGAAAUACGAAAUAUCUUUGUACGUUAAAUUGCAACCAUGCCUCGCACGUGUAAACGUCGUUGAUUUGGACGAACUGAUCUGUAUGUAGCCGUUCGCCAUUUCAGAGACGUACGAGGACACGGAUAAGUAAGACAUACAUAUAAUCUGCUGGUGAAUAUUACCUUAAUUAAUUUCAUUUACAGAUAUUAAAACCACUCCCAAUCAGACUUAAGAUAACGAUUGUAUAAAAUCGUAUAAAUAUACAAUUUUCAUUAAAGUGCGUUCCUAAUAUAUCCGUGUUUCUAUUUCGAACCACAUCGUUAGCCGCCACUUUGUACGUCGCUUUAACGUUGCUAUUGUGCCAGCAACAUUCUUUUAAUAUUUAUGCUGUGAUUUCUCUAAAUAUUCGCACGGCGAUUAUCUAUGAAAUCAUUGGACUUGCCACGUGGCAACCGAGAAACUUCCGAAGAAGAACAACGCUACCAUUUGCGAAGUCGGAUAGUCACAUCGAACAUUCGCGAAGUCAACAUGGCCGACGAGAAUUGUUCGAACAGUGGCGACGAAACUGACUGCACCAUUAUGCAACAAGACAGCACAUUGGCAGAUCUGCGCGAACAGAUUAAAAUGCUGCAGAAGUCGCUUGCCGCAGCGGAGCAAGAUAAGCUCUGCUUAAAGGAAAAAAUGAAUCGUCAAUCUAUCGACGUUAAUGCUGCCGAAGCUACUACCGCCAGCUUCAAAAAUGUCGAACCUACAAUACCCAGCCCUAUCGUUACUAGCCGCUCAACAGCCGUCGCCUCAAGUUGCCUUGAAACUAAUCUUAGUGCUGCCAGCGACUUAACUAGCGCUACCUCGGCCCACGAAAGGGCCAUCGUAACCUUUGCCGGCGUAAACUAUGCCAACGCCACUUCUGUCAACGCCACUGGCUUGUAUCCAGUCUAUGGUAACUAUACCACAAAUUAUUCUCCAAUGCAGUCUAGCCAGAACUUCGCAACCGCUCACCAAAGUACAGGUUUUCCGUCAAUCAACAGAAGUGCCACAACUUCAACAGUAAGUACAUCUAAUUUGCCACACGUUUAUAUGCCGAAUGUAUCAGCUGCCUCCGUGAUGAAUGGCACCCAUCCAACUUGGACCCCCGGUUGCUAUUCACAAACACAAACACGAAAAAUAUUAGAUUUGCCUGAAUUCCACGGUUCGCCCGAGGAAUGGCCUAUGUUUUCUGUCGCCUUCAAGGAAACCACCAACAUGUAUUUUUACACAAAUGUAGAAAAUUUGUUACGCUUGCAGAAGGCGUUAAAAGGUAGAGCCCGACAGCAGGUGGAAUCGUUGCUUAUCCACCCAAAUAGUGUAGAGGCUGCGAUGAAAACUCUCGAAUUUCAUUACGGCCGACCGGAGUUAUUAAUCCGCAGUCAAAUAGCAAAAGUUCGAUCGUUUCCUGCAGUAACCGGAGGACGAAUAACUGAAAUCCUCAACCUCAGUGCUAUAGUAUCUAAUUUAACAGCGUUCCUGGAAAAUUCCGGAGCCAUACCGCAUCUCAAUAAUCCGACUCUUCUUGAGGAACUUGUGUGCAAGCUGGCAGUGAACAAGAGAGAAGAAUGGUAUCGUCAUAUAUUUACUUUGCAAAUUCCUUAUCCCACUGUGCGUGAUUUCUGCAAUUGGUUGCAGCAAAUUGCUACUUACGUGUCUAUGUGCAUCGAUGUCAUGCCUCCAAAGAAUGCAGGAAAUGAACAGGUUAGCAAUAAAGUUAAAGCUUCAUCAAAGCCAGUAAUGACUGCCAUCAAUAUUGAGAAUAUGUGUGCAAUGUCUAAACAAAGCCAUCAGCUGUAUCAGUGCCACAAGUUUAAAGAUAUCGAUUAUGCUAGUCGUUGGAAUUUUGUCAAAAUAAAUCGAUUAUGCUUCUGCUGUUUGUUUGUUUUUAUCAUGCAAUAAGUUCCACAACCGAUUACUCCAUAAGGGACAUGAAGAUUCAAAGGGCAACACUGCUCUUGAGAGCACAGCCGUUGCCACAGUAAGUGGCUAUCAAACUGUGCAACAGAACUCGGCUAAACAAUAUAAACAGUGCAGUCAGACACUAUUGAAGUAUUUGCCCGUCAAACUAAAAGGUCCGAAAGGGGAGAUAAACGUUGUCGCCUUCAUUGACGAAGGAGCGAAGAUAUCACUGCUAGAGGAGAAAGUAGCUAACGCAAUCGGGUUGAAAGUCAAAACCGACAUGCUUCGUUUGAAGUGGAUCGGCAACCACACAACUAGCGAACAUUCGCGGCAAGUAUCACUUGAAAUUGCCGGCGACGUUGAAGCAGCAGAAUUUCAUCACAUGAGUGGUGUGCGCACAACGAAACAGCGGUAUCUGCCGCAGCAGACGUUGAGGUUGCGCGAGUUCACGCAACAGCAUACAGAACUGAAAGACAUUUGCAUUAGUGAUUACAACAACGCUGUGCCGCAAAUUCUUAUUGGAUUGCCGCACUCGAACUUAACGCGAACAAUUAAAGCAAUGAAUUUCC